AGUUUCUACAGCUCCAUUUUGGAAAAACUGCUCGCCGAUAGUAUGGAUGUGUCGGUUGAAGUGUCUGCAAACAGCGCUAAGUUCUAACUUUGUAACAUAUUAUUUUUCCUGGUUAAUAUUUUGUUGGUCGUGUUGGAUUGUUUACGGUCAAAGAUUCUCCUCCCGGGAUUCUCCUAUUCUGCGACUCAAGCUAAAAUUCUCCCAGACCCAAAAGAACGAUGCAAAUUUUCACCAAAAACUUACAUAUACAUUUUUUUUUCGACUCAGAGUGGGAGUACGAUAGCGGGGAAAGCGAUGUAGAGCUUACAAGUCACCAUUGUGUGGCCACCCGAAAGGUAUUCGAUUUUUGUUUUUCUACAAGUAUAUUUUUAUUUUAAAUACACGAAAGUAUCUCGGUGUUGUUUUAUUGAGCAACAUUUUAUAAUUAUAAUAAGUACCCCUCGUCGAAAUCUUUUUUGUCCUGUCAGAACACCAAAGAAGCUGAAGAAGGCAUCGAUGAAGCUAGGUACUACUGUAUACUAUAUCAAAUCUUCAAAUUUUUUUAAGUUUAUACUACAUAUUAAGCUUAACUAUUACUUUGUUUUUUUUAAAGAGGUGGACAAAGGAGUUGUAGGCAAAGGAAAGAAUAAGACCUGUAGGGCAAACCAGUCCACUUUGAUUUGGCUGUUGUGUAAGGUGAUGAUAAUAAGCUUAUUUCUUGUGCCUUCAUACUUAGUGUUUUGCUUAAAACAAAUAAAUUUUCCAGGAUGUUCUCCUCGUUCGAAAGUUAUGUGCUAUGAAAAACGGAUGUUUCCAUACAGUUCUUCAGCCAAGACAAACCGGGAAAAGAGGUUAAAGGAAAUAGGUACA